GAUGCAAGGAUGAGCACAACGAAGUCUGGUUGGCAGGCAGCUCAGAUUCCACAUAGUAGCAUCAGCAGCAUCUAACAGUCCUCUAGGAUGUGACAUCUGCCUUCUGCAAGGACAGCUCUGCAGGCAGGCGAGGGAACUGUUCUGCUGGGGGCUUGAAAUCAAGUUAAAUGAAGCUCACGGCCAGGAAGACCCCCGAAGCGUUCACUUGGAGUUGCGAUUCAGGAAAAUGCACGUCUUCUGCCCCAUGGAGUUCCAGGCCUCUUAUCACCAGGCCUUAUCUCUCCGACAGGUUUGACAGCAGCAGCCAUGGCAGAGGCUAUGAAGUUACAGAAGAUGAAACUUAUGGCAAUGAAUAGCCUUCAUGGAAGUGGAAGUCAAAAUGGAACAGAAUCAGAAAAUGAAGAACUUAAUUCUAACGCAGGUGGGAGUGAAUCUUCUUGGGAUAAAGACAAGCUUCAGUCUCCCAUUACAACAGGAUCACAGCACAGCAUUGGUCAUCCCACCCUGUCAGGACAGUCGAGCCUUGGAAGUGCACACCCACUCAGUCCUCUUCAGCAGAACCACCUGCUUACCAACAGGAUAGACCUGCCAUUUAUGAUGAUGCCCCACCCUCUGCUACCUGUCAGCCUACCUCCCGCUUCGGUUGCAAUGGCAAUGAAUCAGAUGAACCACCUCAAUACAAUAGCUAACAUGGCUGCAGCAGCCCAAAUGCACAGUCCUCUUUCCAGGGCAGGAGCCUCUGUUAUAAAGGAAAGGAUUCAAGACAGCCCUUCUCCAGCUCCAUCCCUAGAAGACAGUCAGCGGCCUGGGAGCCAUGCUUCCUCUCAUCAGAGCAGCAGCGUGUCCAGCUCACCUUCCCAGCUGGACAACACACCAGACAGAAUUGCUAUGUUGACCAACAGCAGGGAAGGAGAGCUCAUUGAUCAAGAAACCGGGACAAGCCUAAAAAAAAUGCAAAAGGAGAAAGAAGAGGUCCAGAUUGCCAUUCCAAUAAUGAAACCGACCUUAGAUAAAGUCCAACUGGCUGGACAGGCCUUGCCUCCUGGAUUUCCAGCGCCAUUUCUUUUUGCUGAUGGUCUUUCAUCAGUUGAAACACUAUUAACCAACAUUCAGGGCCUGCUGAAAGUGGCUGUGGACAAUGCCAGAGUCCAGGAAAAGCAGAUACAGCAGGAAAAGAAAGAGUUAAAGAUGGAGCUUUGUAGAGAGAGAGAACUCAGAGAGAGCUUGGAGAGGCAACUUACAGCUGAGCUGCAAAGCAGAGCAACAAUUCAGAAACGCUUGAAGAAAGAAAAAAAGGCGAAGAGAAAAUUGCAGGAAGCUUUGGAAUUUGAAUCAAAGAGAAGAGAACAAGUGGAACAGGCGCUUAAACAGGCCACAUCAGGUGACGGUCUCAGGAUGUUAAAUGAUGCUGGAAUCCCAGAUAUGGAAAUAGAACACAACGGAACCCAACAUGACAGUGCAGCAAUGCAAGAUAUUAAACCUUCAAAGAGAAAGACAAAUGAUGGUGUUGUUGCUAAAGGAAAGUGCAAGAGAUGCAUGUAGACCCCGGACCAACAACUCAGGGAAGACAGCCUCAUCCUGGGGAGAAUUACAAUUAUUAACACAGGCUCUGGCCUACAUUGAGACUGUGAGAUCUUUACUCCUGUUAUACAUUGGGAAGGGGAAAAAAUCCUUUCUAAAUGUCUUGCUUAUUAAGCCAGUCAUGCAUUUCACUGUAGGUUGUAAAGCAGUAUAACAUGCACAGGGGGCUCAUAAGCAUAUUUUAGUGUUAGGGAAUAUCAUUUAUACAGUUUUUAUAUUGUCAAUAUUACCCCUAGAGAAUGAGAUUAGGCUUUAAACUACUGUAAAUCUACACUUUUGCUCACCUUUGUAUAAUUUCAUUUUUUAAUAGAAUGAAGCCCACAUAAAUGAAUAUUUGAUUAAGGGAUAAACCUAAUAAAAGAAUACAUUUAUUGCACACAGAUUUAUUCAAAUCUUUGCUGUAUAGUACCGUAAAAUGCUAUAAAAUGGUAUGUAGCUUGCAGUCAGCUACACUGAGGAGAUGGUGAAUAUUCUUUAAAAAGAUGAAUUUGACAGCAUCACGUUGUCAUUCAUGUAGAAGUGGUAGCACAGAUGCUCCUGACACUGUAAUUUCUCAUAGGUGGUUGCUGCGUGACGUUGUUAACACCAUGCAGUUCAGUUUAUUGUGCAGCAACAAAAACACAUUUUGACUUCUGGCAUAUAAUGGAGAGCUUUAAAAAAAAGGGAAAUAUCUAACCAUGUGUUUUCUGUUUACUAAUCAGUAGUAUUUCUUGGCUUGAGGUUUGGCAUUUGCUUUCUCUCUUACAAAAGUGCUACAGAUACCUCCACUGAACUCUCCUUAAGAAAUAAAGGGGAAAAAAUUAGACUUGUUCCAAACUUUAAAUAGCCCAUGGGCCAACAGUUAUCUUAACAACCACUUCUUAGCUUAGUUUGAUCAAUAAUUUGAAAGAUAAAAUACUUUUAAAACAUGACUAUGUUAUAUUAGAAAACAAGACUUUUAGUUUUAGCUAACUUUUAAGCUUCAGGUUUACAUCACAAGCCAGGUUAAUGACAAUAGUCCAAAUAAUUCACUGCUUCUCUUUCUGUAGUCUCCUGCUAUGACUUUGGCUCUGUCAGUAAGCAGCCUGUGAUGCCAGCCAGGGUGGAGGCAGGCAGGGCUCCCACGGCUAUGGGCAGCAGGAAUGGUGCCAGGCUGGGCAGCAUGAAGAAAGUCACAGCCUUGUGGUUUCCUAGAGCUUGUUAAUGGCCUGAUGAGCUCUAUCUAUUCAUGUGUAUAAUGACCAAAGCCAACACAUGGUUUUGCUGACCCAGCCACCCAGCUGAGCAUGGUAUCAGCUGCUUCACACCUUCCCCUCCCUCUCUGUUUUCAAGAAGAGCCAGCUGAAUCAGUGUUACAUUUGAUCUCCAAAUACAUCUUCUUUGGCAGGGAUUAACUGCGCAAAGUAUUUGCAAAAGAUUGGGCAAAGAAUCAAAGUAUUGUAUCUAUCUUAAAUCCUUUCAGUUUGUGUAGUUUUUCAAGUGGCUAAAUGAAGAAUUUUGUAACAGUUGUGAAUUUGCUCUCUUCUAUGAGAGAGGACUUGUGUUCAUGGUUGUAAAAAGUGUUCUUUUUUAUUAUGAAAUUAAAUAAAUACAUUAUUUAAAUAAUAUUUGUAGGGAAGAACAGAGGCUGAUUUCAUCAUAGCCUUCCUUACUGCUCCCACUUUUGAUAAAUCAGCUCUUACUUGGAAUGUGCCUACACUUAUCUUUGCACAGACCUUGUCAGCAAAUGGGACAGCAUAAAUGUGCACACAUGCGCAGUCACCAUCACUGUACAAGUAUCAACAUCAAAUACAGCUGCAGCAGAUGCCUUGUGGCCACUUAGCAAGCUACAUCCCUAAUGCCUGCUGACUUCCACUGGUAUGGCAUGAACAUGCUAAGCACAUCUAUAAGAAGUCCCACCCAGUAUGGGUGCUUAGGCAGAGGGACUUUUUUGUAGAUCUGGCUCCUGAGCUCAAACCCCAAAGAGAGCAGCACUGUGGGUGUUGGCUGCUCAGAGCUCAGUGCUUCGACUGCUGCUGUGCAAAGCACCAGAGCUGUUAAAUUACUGACUCACUAAAAACACACUCCAGCAGAAUGUCAGCCUUUGGCUUGGCAGUAAGGAGUAUUUCUGACUUUUUGGGGGCAGUCACGUUGACCUGCAGGUUUUGCCAGUGGCUAUCUUUAUUUGGAGCACAGCGUUAAUGUAAGUUACAUCACCUAUAGCCUGCUGUGGGAAGGAACUUCCUAAUAACCAGAAGGAAGAGCAGAAAACAAAAAAGCACAACAACGUUCAGUCUGUGCAUUUCUGCUUACCCCUCUCCCCAAGCUUUAAUAUUUGCCACAGUAAAUCUUAAGACAAUAAUUUUAAUCAGCCAAAGGCCUGAAGCUAAUUUUAGUCAUUUCUUUGGAGGUUCCCAUGCUCCCAAACAUUCCUCCAGAGAUGUUAUGUCCCUGGCUCUUCCGAUCUUUAUUCUUGUUUACAUCCAAAACACAUAUUAAAUCAUCUAUGUUUGGAGAGUCUGAGCCUCCUUAAAACCAUGAAACAUUCAAUUACUAAUUAGCUGUUUCCUGUUCCUAAUGAAGUGAACAUGUCGGAUUUGGAUUAAAAUUCAGCUACUGCUCUCCUCUGUUUAUGGUUCCAGAUGUUUUUGUUUUAUCUAGGAGGUUACUUUGACAGCUACUGCUAAAUGAUAAAUCACUCAUAUUAUAGCUGAAAUGCAUUUUGAAAUUGAAAUGUGGCAAAGUUUGAGAUUGCUCCAAGGAUCAGUGUCAGUUAGCAGGUCAAUACUUGUUCUUUCCUUAUGAGUGCUCAGUAUUGGCAUAUGUAAAACAGUAAUGGGAUAGAUGUCAACAUUAUACAAAAUGCUUCUCAAUAUUAUCAUUUUGCUAUCAUCUUCAAGAUCAGUACUUGCGGGUUUAGCUGGGUGAAUUCAUGAUUCAUUGUAUAAUGAACAAGAAUAUAGAUUCUUGUUAGAUGUAGUCUUAGCUGUAGUUUCUGUGGGCAUAUUUAUUUUUCCUCUGGACUUAGCAUUGCUUAAUGUGAAAAAUCACAGUUGAUAGGCAGUAUAAUCAGGAAUAGUCUUACAAAGGAUGGAAGUAGCUUUCUACUUGUUUCCCUAAAUAAAGAAAAAUAAUUUAAAAAGAGAAGUGGAGGUUUCUGAGUGAAAUAACAGUUUUCCAAAAAACAGAUAUCAGUUUACUUCUAUUAUAUUUUUAAUGCAGUGCAGUUGUAUUCUAACACACUGUCCCCUAGGUUGUGUUCAUAUAAUAAUGGUAUGUUGUAAAGCCGAUGUGUUAGGAGGUACACAAAACAACACCAACAGCCUUCUGAGAAAAGACAGUGUUCAGCUAAAAAACAAACGUCACAAAAGACAAAAAUGCAGAUCAAAAUAUUUGCAGCCUCUCGUAGCAAAUGCCAGCUGGGAUCAGCCCAGGAAACGAGUGGCUCAGGACAGGAGGUGGGCAGUGGGUCACUGCUCUGCAUAACACAAUCCGGGCUGACGGGGGGCUCUCAAGGCUUUGUCAUUGGGUGCCUCGUUAUGUAAAAACAUAUUCAGUCUGUACUCAGUUUAUAUCACUUGUAGAUCUGAUCGUUUGUUUUGAGAAAAAAAAAAGUCCACAAUCUAUCAAGGAAAUCCACCUUCAUUUCAAAUAAUUCUGAAAUGCCCAACUCUGUAAUUGACUUUUUUCCUUUUUUUUUUC